AUGCUUCGCUGGUUCCUCUUCUGCGACACAGGGGCGAGCUCUUUUACCAGACUGGUUGUAGACAGCUCUGCAGACAACCCAUGCGACCGGCGGCGUCUCCUGUGCUGGGUUGUUUUGUGUACUUUAGUAUGGACGCACAUUUCUCACACCUUCUGGAAUUUUGUCGCGUUGAUUUCUUCAUGCCUGUCUCUGCUGGUAAACGUUGUUACCAACGCCGGUCCGCGUUUAAGUGAGACGAUCAGAUCGGUCUGCAAUCUGACCUUGGUCAUUGGACUCGUCAGCGCAGCAGCUGUCCUGAGCUAUCAGCCGUGGUUCCUGCGAUACGAAUACCUGGUCAAAAAAUUGGCUUUAAAGGAGUAUGACAUAUGGAGGUGCAGAUGUUCAAGCACUUACAUUACUCUGGUUGGGGUGACUGUGAUCAGCUGUGUAGUCCGGGGAAUUCAUAAGCGACUGGGACUUUGA